GAAAGGUGCAUGCAAGAGUAUCCUUGAAGUUUGACUAUCAAACAAAUAGUUCUUAAACAAUUAUCAGCAGUCUCGAUGAGUCGCCAAACGAGAAACACAUAAACGACGAAACGCCUGAUCCCGUGUGGAUAAUCAUCUCCAUGCUGGACAUGUAAAUAGUACAUCGCAAGUGUAGUUCGUGUAUUAGAUCACAAUGCUCCGCGCGUGUUCAAUACUAAUAGCAGUGUUUGCAUUAUUUGCGGAAUCGAAAGUGGUUUUGUCUAGCAAGGAGUAUUUCAUCCACAAAUGCUGUGAAUCGAAUCAGCAGUUCAAUGAAAGCGUUAGUUGCGUCGCCAAGUCUAAAGACUACUCAAUUACCACCUACAACCGGUCAGUACCAUCAUUGAACAAAGUGCCAUUGAAAUACGCCGAGUUGGACUGUGAUAAGUACAUGCUCGAACCAUCACAGUAUGAAGGUGAUGUGUAUUUUCUGCAGGAUAACGGCACACUGUGGAUGCCGAACGCGGACGAUCUGGUCAACUUCGAGGAAUACUGCGUUGACCGUGAUUCGAACGGAACAGACCAUGUUUUGGUAUGCUACAGGAACGAAACUGAAUCGGAUAUAUCUAUAAUUGCUUACAAAAUAGGAAUGAUAAUUUCGAUGCCAUUUCUAAUAUUAACAUUCAUAGUCUACUUGUUACUACCUGAAAGGAAUCUGCAUGCGAAAUGUCUGAUGUGUUACGUCCUGUCGUUGGCCCUGGCGUAUUUCUUCCUCGUCUUCAUACAAUUUAACAAUAGUUUGUCGCCGGCCACUUGCGCCGCCUUUGCCGCAUUUUGCCACUACUUUUUCAUGUCCUCGUUCUGUUGGAUGAACAUAUCAUGCGUGGAUAUCUUCUGGACAUUCAGUGGGAAGCGUGGUUUUGGACUGAGUAACAAAUCGGCGGAAAGGAAGCGGUUUCUGAUAUACUGCCUUUACACAUACUUGUUUCCUCUAUGCCUCAUCGGAAUAAUUUUCAUUUUAAACCAAGGAGAAAAGAAAACUUGGUUUCAUCCGCAAUUUGGACAUGGACAAUGUUUCCUAGGAAAGGGUUAUCCGCAUCUGCUAUAUUUCUACGGACCAAUGGGAAUUAUGCUCAUCUUCAAUGUCAUCUUGUUUACCUUAACAGCUUUGAAGAUCCGCCAAAUUAACAGAGAUACAGCUAUGCUCAAGAGGCCAGAAAAUAAAAUGCAUUACGACAGAGACCGACAAACAUUCCAGUUGUAUAUGAAACUAUUAUUAGCGUUGGGUAUAAAUUGGACGAUGGAAUUUAUAUCGUGGUUGGUGAAUUGGACACUGAACGAUACCUACAAAGAGAUUUGGUACGUCACGGAUUUCUGUAACGCCAUAUACGGGGUUAUUAUAUUCAUCAUCUUCGUCUGCAAGAAGAGCAUCUGGAUAAUGCUGAAAAAGAGAUACUAUAUAUUCAAGGGACAACCGCAGAAGGCCAGGAGUUUAUCGAUGAGAACGUCCGCGUUCGAAAUGAGUCAAACGGAAAAAACUGUAGUGUACUAACCAAGAGUACCAAAGAUUCAUAAUGUGCCAUAAAAUACGAUCAAAUCUAUUUUCUUCAUCUACGUACAAAUCUAUUAGGUCUCUCUC